AUGGCUUUUACGGUUUUCUAUAUUUGAUUCUAUUGAUUUUCUUUGACAGAAUUCAACCGAAGAAACAAUUGCUAAGCUGAAUGGCGAUAACACAAGGCUGCAAGCACAGUGGAGAUGGAAAAGAUGCCAUAAUUUGUGCACAACUUGUCACUUGUUCACUAACCAUGUAGAGCAAGCAGUAGUUUUCGUUCUGAUACGGAAAUUAAAAUCAAAGCCUGGCAGGUGAUGGAGUCGGAAGAAUCCAGAAACAAUCUCUUACAAGAAAACCAGUGGUUGACAGAGAGCAUGUCUGGUAUGAAAUUCCGGAUCCAGAAUCUUGAGACUGCUUCUACUCGGACAUCAACUGUGAUGACAAUGCAUGCUUCUGAAAGUGAGGACAUGAAUGUUCAGACAAAAGCAGCACAGCCACUUGUUGAGAAUUUGGUUGCCAAAAAUUCAGAGCUUGUUGAGAAGGUGAAUGAAUUAUAUGUUGAGCUUGAAGGACGGGUUGUAACAGCCAACCCUUCUCCAGCUGUUGGCACUGAACAGACGGUUGAAAUCGUUGAAACCAUCCAUGUUCUGGAUCCUAUGCUUGAAUUUAUUGAGAAGACACCAUCUGGUGACAGAAUGGAUUCACAUGAAGAUGUUAUUAACGAUGACAAUGCCUAUUCCAAAGAUAAUGUCUGUGUUGCUGAUUCCAUGUCUGAAUUGAGUGAAAGGGUGGAGUUCCCAGAAGAUGUUUCUAUUAAACAUGAGGGGGAGGAUGGUGAAUAUAAUUAUUAUGCCGAGGACACCACUGUAAUUCCAAACUCUCCAAAAGCCAUCAAUUCUGAAGAAAUUGUGCAGAUUGCAUCGGAUGAGAAUGAAGUUAGGGAUCCAGAGUUCGAAACCAUCCAGAGUGAUGCAAAAACUGAUGUCCCGAUAACAGAUGCUCCAUUAAUAGGGGCUCCUUUUCGGUUAAUAUCUUUCUUUGCUAGAUACGUUAGUGGUGCUGAUUUGGUAAACAAGGGCACUGUGAAUUGUGUGGGACAUUAAAUUCCCACAAUUAAUUCGCGAUAACUUAUACCCGUUCUGAUUAAUGUAGCAAGAUAGUGAAAUUUCAUGUAGGUGAUAAGAGAUGGACCCAAAUGGGGUCAAUACACAUUGGUUUUCAAGGGACAUUCUAGCUUCUCAAUUUGGAGGAUGUACUGCUAAAAUUUACUGUACUAUUUUUUUCCCCAUAUGCUCUGAUGUAGUAGUUAUAUUAUACAAUGGAAAAGAACGAUCAUUUAGUUUUGUCA